GCACGAGGAAUAACGGAGUGAAAGUUUGUGGACGAAUGGCGCUCAUGGCCGCGAUUAUUUACGCGCUCGCUUCGCUUUUCAUGGGCAUUUGUGCAGGUCUGACCUUUCCGAGGAAUUAUCCGUUAAACGAAGUCACGCUGUUGGAUUCCAGAUCCGUGCAGGGAGAACUGGCCUGGGUCGCAAGCCCGACAGAAGGAGGGUGGGAGGAGGUGAGCAUCAUGGACGAGAAGAACAUCCCCAUCAGAACGUACCAGGUGUGUAACGUAAUGGAAGCCAGUCAGAACAAUUGGCUCCGGACUCACUGGAUACAGCGCGGCCCGGCCCAGCGCGUCUACAUCGAGAUUAAAUUCACCUUGCGUGACUGUAACAGUUUGCCCGGGGUCAUCGGCACAUGCAAGGAGACCUUUAACCUCUACUACCUUGAGUCCGACUCCGACAACGAGCGGUUCUUGCACGAGAGCCGCUUUGCUAAGAUCGACACGGUGGCGGCGGACGAGAGCUUCACGCAGGUGGAUAUCGGUGAUCGGAUCAUGAAGCUCAACACUGAGGUUCGGGAUGUUGGCGUUCUGAGCCGCGCAGGCUUCUAUCUGGCAUUUCAGGAUGUUGGGGCCUGCAUCGCGCUGGUUUCUGUCCGCGUGUUUUAUAAGAAGUGUCCGUUAGCCGUGAGGAACCUGGCGCAGUUUCCGGACACCGUGACGGGUGCGGACACGUCGUCCCUGGUGGAGGUACGAGGCUCCUGCGUGAAUCAUUCGGAAGAGCAGGAGGUUCCUAAAAUGUACUGCGGGUCAGAUGGAGAGUGGCUGGUGCCCAUUGGGAACUGCCUGUGUAAUCCUGGAUACGAGGAACGGAAUGAGCAGUGCCAGGUGUGUAAGGUCGGGUACUACAGAUCUCUGUCUUCAGACGACGGCUGUCGUAGAUGUCCACUGAACAGUUACUCCAUGAAGGAAGGAGCCACGUCCUGUGAUUGUGACAAAGGGUAUUACAGAUCGGAGACAGACCCAGCGUCAAUGCCCUGCACACGUCCUCCAUCUGCUCCACGCAGCCUCAUAUCUAAUGUCAACGAGACGUCCGUACUCUUGGAAUGGAGCCCGCCUCUCUCUACAGGGGGCCGUCAGGAUCUCACCUACAACGUGGUGUGUAAGCGGUGCGCUCGAGACGGGCAGAGAUGCGUGCCGUGCGGGGAAGACGUGCACUAUUUACCGCAGCGGCUGAGUCUGCGCUCCACGCGCGUGUCUGUUCACCAGCUGCAGGCGCACACCAACUACACCUUUCAGAUCUGGGCCGUCAACGGGGUGUCCAAACAGAACCCCGGCCCGGAGCAGGCCGUGUCCGUCACGCUCGCCACCAACCAGGCCGCUCCCUCCACAGUCAUGUCGGUUGAGAGUAAGGACAUAACCCGGCACACGCUCACUCUGUUCUGGCAGGAGCCAGAGAAACCCAACGGAGUCAUACUGGAGUAUGAAGUCAAAUACUAUGAGAAGGAUCAGAACGAGAGGAGUUAUCGCAUCGUCAAGACGACGUCUAGGAAAGCAGAUAUUAAAGAUCUGACCCCGCUGACCUCAUACGUGUUUCACGUGCGCGCUCGCACCGCAGCGGGAUACGGAGAGUUCAGCGCACCCUUCGAGUUCAGCACCAACACCGUAGCAUCUCGUGUUGUCGGGGUCAUGAGCUCCGCUGUGUUGCUGCUGUUGGUGGCCAGCUGUGUUGUUGUGCUUCUGCUCAUCUUCAUCAUCGCCUUUAUCAUCACCAAAAGGAGGAGCAGAUACGGCAAAACGAAACAGGCCGAAGAGAAACGCCUGCAGCCAGGAGUGAGGAUAUAUGUGGACCCCUUCACCUACGAAGACCCCAACCAGGCCAUACGAGAGUUUGCUAAAGAGAUCAAUACAUCCUCCAUUAAGAUUGAGAAAGUGAUCGGCAUCGGUGAGUUUGGUGAGGUGUGUAGCGGCCGUCUGAAGCUUCCAGGCAAACGAGAGAUCUGUGUGGCCAUCAAGACGCUGAAAGCGGGGUUUACCGAACAGCAGAGGCUGGACUUCCUGAGCGAGGCCAGCGUCGUCGGCCAGUUUGAUCAUCCCAAUAUCAUUCACCUGGAGGGUGUGGUUACCAAAUGCAAACCUGUUAUGAUCAUCACAGAGUACAUGGAGAACGGCUCGCUGGAUAUGUUUCUCAGAAAGAAUGACGGCCGCUUCACUGUUAUCCAGCUGGUGGGGGUGCUGAGGGGCGUCGCGUCCGGUAUGAAGUAUUUAUCCGACAUGAGUUACGUUCAUCGGGACCUGGCGGCUCGGAACAUUCUGGUGAACAGCAACCUGGUGUGCAAGGUCUCCGACUUCGGGAUGUCCAGAGUGCUUGAAGAUGAACCAGAAGGAGCUUACACCACCAGAGGAGGAAAGAUUCCGAUUCGCUGGACCGCUCCAGAAGCCAUCACAUACAGGAAGUUCACUUCGGCUAGUGACGUGUGGAGCUAUGGCGUCGUCAUGUGGGAAGUGAUGUCAUACGGAGAACGACCAUAUUGGGACAUGAGCAAUCAGGAUGUGAUAAAGGCGAUAGAGGAAGGUUACCGGUUGCCACCGCCCAUGGAGUGUCCGCUGGCGUUACAUCAGCUCAUGCUGGAGUGCUGGAUGAGGGAACGGGCAGACAGACCCAAAUUCAGCCAGAUAGUCAACAUGCUAGACAAACUCAUACGCAAUCCAGCCACACUCAAGAGGAUAGCAGGAGACACCAGCAGGCCCCAUCCAUCCACGCUGCACCACGCCCCCUCUGGAAGCCCCGCCCCCUCGUUGGGUUCUGCUGAAGAGUGGUUGAAAGUCAUCGGAUUAAAACAAUACAGAGACAACUUCAGCGCAGCCGGACACUGCGGUCUAGAAAGCGUUAUACAAAUAAACCAGGAGGAUCUGGCCAACAUGGGAAUCACAUGCACGGCACAUCAAAGAAAGAUCUUGACCGGUAUUCAGGAUUUAUUGUCUGGAUUGCAUCAAAUGCAAGAUAAGAAGGUUCCUGUGUGAUCCAGGAUGAGGUGUAAAGCAAACAUCAUGUUGGUUAACAUGAACUAAGAGGGAAGGAAUAUUUCACUUCUGCACUUUAAUGGAAUAUAAAGAUCAAAAUGAACGAGUCAAGCUGCAGUUUUUCCUGCACCUCUGCAUUUUCAUGAGGAAUUGUGUUGAUUUUUUUCUGCUGGUUGUCUUCGUGACGUUUGAGGAUUUUUGAACCAGCCUUCUGCAGACAAUUCAAGUGUUUGAAGACGUUACUGAAGCUUUUGUUCCAGCACUGAGGAAGUGAAGGUGUGUGUUUGACAGGACUCUGGAAUCAUGAGAGUAUGAAGUGUUUGCCCUCAGUGGAAGGGAAAUGAUCCCGUGAACAUUAUAUUCCAACGGAUCGUUUGCCUCGGGAGAUUUUCAGCUUUUUCAACUGAAACUAACAGAACGUUUGGAGCGAGUGUGUUUGUUUUAUGAAGGCCAGAUGGAGAAGCUUUUCAGAGGUAUUGCUGAAUGGAAUUUCUUUUUGCUUUAUUUGUUAAAAAAUCAUGGAAAUGAGGAAAUAAACCUAGGUAAGAUUUAGUCUUAAAUUACUCAUGUUGCAGUUUUUGAGGUAACAAAAGAAAUGACUUAAU